AUGAUUUUCUUCGCAGUCUCUAUUCUUACGCUCGCUGCACUCUUAGCAGCAUUCCCGACUAAUACCCGAAAUAAUGCUGCAUCCAUACCACUCACUCGACGGUUGAACGUGCCAUCCGGCCAGACGCUGCCGGAGAUUGACAAAGCGCGAGCGCAGGCUUUCAAGUCGACAGCAGCCCAGCGCGCCCAGAAGGACUCCAGCAUUACGCCGGUGCCCGUCACAAAUACUGCUGUACUUUACACCGCAGAGGUCCUGAUCGGUGAACCACCCCAGACAUUCGACCUGAUCGUAGAUAUCGGCAGCUCGAGCACGUGGAUCGGUGCUAAUACCUCAAACCCGUACACGCCCACAAAUACAUCUACUGCGACCUCCACUAUCUUAUGCGUGCAGUUCAUUGAAUAUGGCUCCGGACUUUUCAUCGGUCUCGAAUACAACGAUACAGUGACAAUUGGAGGGCUGAGCAUCCCGAACCAGACCAUCGGUGAUGCCCAGUGGGCGCUUGGCUUCGAGGCUGGAGUAGAUGGAAUUCUGGGUCUGGGUCUUUUAGACGCAUAUGAGGUCGGGAUCGCAUUCGCGCCACCAAACUCGACGUCUGACCCCAACGGUGAGCUGACGUUUGGUGGAGUGGAUUCCAGCAAGUUUAACGGAGACCUCACAUACACUAAUAUCACUACCACAUACCCUGCUAUGGAUUACGUCGGCUUUAACCAGAGCGUUACAUUCGGCAACCAGACGCUCUUAUCUAACACUGCUGGCAUCGUUGAUACUGGAACCACCCUAGUAGAACUCGCAUCUGACGCCUUCGCCACGUAUCAGAACCUGACGGGUGCUGUCCUCGACAGCACAACAGGACUUCUGACGAUCAGCUCUGCGCAGCUUGACAACCUCCCAAGCCUGUUCUUUAUCAUUGAAAAUGCGACCUUCGAGCUCACCAGUAAUGCGCAGCUCUGGCCUCGUGCACUCAAUAGUGCCAUCGGAGGCAAGAAUGAUAGCAUCUAUCUCAUUGUCAGUGACCUUGGGACUCCUUCUGGAGAGGGACUGGAUUUUGUCAACGGCUACGCUUUCUUAGAAAGAUUCUAUGCCGUGUAUGAUACGGGAAACUCUCGCGUCGGAUUUGCCACCACUCCCUUUACAUUUUCGACCAGUAACUAG